AUGUAUAGCACCAAGCGCGUGAACAAGAACAUCGUCGAAGGGAACAGGUUCAUUUCCGUCGGAGACCCUUACAAGGAGCUAAGGAGGUUGCCCGGCCGCUGGAAGGGCAAACAGUUUCAGACCGAGGGUUGCCCGGCGAACGCAGAUAACGGGAACUUCGCCAAGCUCAAAUACUCCUCAGAGCCGUUCCAGGAGACAGAGCGGUUCACCAAGACUCAGCCGCUGAGCAAGCGAAACCUAGGUUUCGGUACCAAGGAUGCUUUCAAGAGGGGGGAAUUUACGGCCACCAUUCGAACGCAGCAGUACAGGGAAAUGCUCCGCCAGGAGCAGCGGUUGAUGAACGCAUCACGGAACGUGAAGGACGAGCGAGAGAAGGUGGCGCAGGCCAAAGCCAAGCACGCCUCCUCGAGAAGAUUCGUUGAAGGGAAGGAGGAGAUCAAGCACCUGUAUGACGUCGGCCGCUCCCUUCAAAAUGAAUUCAACCCUUAUCGAAAACACGAUGCGUUUUACGACUUUCAGAAGUCCACAGGGAAGCGUAUGGGUCCGUACCGCACCAUGGCCCAGGACAUCGGGAACAUGGCGUGGGACCAUCGCCCGACGGCUCCAGAGUUUGGCCCGAUAGGCCACAUCAAGAACUUCUACGACCGCAGUCAUCUCGAGGUGGCCGGGGAGGAGGCCCACAUGGUCCAGCCGCGGCUGCGUCUGCGUUGA